AUGGAUGCGAUUCAAACCCACCCCACGAGCGCUGCCCAGGCCAAGGCCUUCACUGCCCCCGGUUCUCUCUCUUUCCCCACCGGACAUGCCGAUCUGAACCAGUCGGUCGCGGGCAAUGGCACUGUCGCCAAUGGCGCACAGCAGUCGGGCGUCCAAACCACCAACGGUGCUGGGGUGACUCCCGCGACCCCCGCUGCGACGCCGGGCGCCGCUUCAGCUGGACCCAGUGGUAUCACACCCACUCUUCAGAACAUUGUCGCGACUGUCAAUCUUGACUGCCGUCUGGACCUGAAGACAAUUGCGCUGCACGCUCGCAAUGCUGAGUACAACCCCAAGCGUUUCGCCGCUGUUAUCAUGCGUAUCCGUGAGCCCAAGACCACCGCUUUGAUCUUUGCGUCGGGCAAGAUGGUCGUCACUGGCGCCAAGUCGGAAGAUGACUCCAAGCUUGCCUCCCGCAAGUAUGCCCGUAUCAUUCAGAAGCUCGGCUUCAACGCCAAGUUCACCGACUUCAAGAUCCAGAACAUUGUGGGUUCUUGCGACAUCAAGUUCCCCAUCCGUCUGGAGGGUCUUGCUUCCAAGCAUCACAACUUCAGCUCCUACGAGCCCGAGUUGUUCCCCGGUCUCAUCUACCGCAUGAUCAAGCCCAAGAUUGUGCUCCUCAUCUUCGUCAGCGGCAAGAUUGUUCUCACAGGCGCGAAAGUUCGCGAGGAGAUCUAUCAAGCUUUCGAGAUGAUCUAUCCCGUGCUGCAGGAUUUCCGCAAGAUGUAGAUUUCGUCUCAUCGCUGCGCCUGGCACGUGGACCUUCCAUCCCACUUUGGGCACCCAUGUGAAGGACUUGUACAUUACCCCCCAACUUCACCCUUACCGAAAACCCUCUGGCCGCGAAUGAGUAUUACGAAUAUCAUACCCCCUCCCAAAAAGCACUUUAUCACCGACCGUCGGCGACUAGCACAAAACCGCCCAUCGGUUUCGCCUUUUUCGGUCACCCAAACUUGUAUUUUUGCUGUUUUUGUUUUCUCUUUUCUUGUCAGCAUUGCAAUGGCGUUCCGGGGGAAUCAACAAUCGGGGGACAGACGAUAAAGGAUCCACGCGCGGAUUUGACCUCUACCUGAAUUCGGGUUUAUAGUACAUAGAUUUUUUCUGGAGAUGGCGCGCGCAACAACUCGACGGAUCGGCGAAGAGGAACUGGGGGCCUGGUUUAUUUUUGCGCAGCGCACAAGGGGGAUCUGGCUCUUUUUUUCUCCUGCCACCGUCCUUGUUUUAAUGGCUCGGGAUGACGGCAACUGGGAUUUGAGCGGGCUACCAAGGAGGCAGUGGGAACGACAUGAAUGCGCGAAACAAUCACAAAAAAAGAGGAGCGAGAAAGGAAUUCCCACGCCGCGCGGCUCACCUCAAUCUCUGGGUGUUUGUCGAUUAUCUCAAGAUUUUUUUUUUCCAGUGGUGGGAAUGAGAAAAAAAAAAGAGAAGAGAGUGAGAUUUGGGGGAUUUUACGGGUGGGAUCUGGGACAUGAUCCGGCAAACCUGACAUCAUGGUUCUUUUUUUUUGUUUUCUUUCAUCACGCGGAACAAAAGCUGGUUUGCUGAUUUUGUCUGUUUGUUGUUGUCUGGUUCUCGGACACGACGACGAAAAAAGAGGCACAACCUGCAAGAUGAAGAACACAUGACCCCCUCAAACUACUCAAGGUGUGUUGUUGGCGCGAGCAAAGCGACGGCCACUGCGGUUUGCACCACACAACACACAAACAAGAAAAGAAAGACGAUUGGUGGUGGGCUCUUUUGCAAGAAACAAGAAAAACGACAGCCGCACACAUUACAGGACUGCCUUGAGCUUUCUUAUCCGCAAGGAAACAAAGCUUUCCGGUAUUUCAAGCCCUGAGCGAGGGGAGAACAUCAAGGAUGGUGAGAUCCUUUGGGCAACCUUCGCAAAUUGGGUGAGAAUGGACAACUGGAGAGCAAUAAUUUCAUCUAGGUGAA